AUGGAUAUGUCAUCUUUGGUUAGCCACAAAGUGACGCUUUUGGGGCUGUUCCUUCCCCUGCUUUGCGGGGCUACGUUCUACCUCGCCACCAACACAGCCAUAUUCCCCAAGCUCGCCAGCGAGAUCCGGGGGACUUUUGCCAGCGACGAGGAAAUCACGGUCGCCCGCGCCUCCAAGUGCAACUAUCUCGCAGCCACCAUCGAGGAAUGUCUCCGGAUGUACCCGCCGACUUGCCUCCGAGGAGACCUUGUUCGCUCGACCUCCGGAAGUCAUUCCGCUAUCGUUGCUGUGCGCGAUCCAGGGCAGGCUCGACCAGGAUUAGAAUAUACAUUACCGUUGAUGGAGAUGUUGACCAAUUGUCUUCUCUGGUGA